CGUUUUCAAAUCUAAUUCUGGGUCCAUACACCAAACUCACAUGCAAGUGUCAGAACAUGGUUUUAGAUUAGAGAUUUCACCCUUUUUUCUCUCUGAUUUUCUUGUUUUUGGAUUAAGCUCUGUUCAAAGUUCGUAUCUUUCCAAGAAAAUAAUCUUGGGUUUUUUCAUUUCACGUUGACAAGCUUCAAGAAAAUGAGUGAUCUUUGUGGAGCUUUGCGCUUUGUGGUGUUGUGUUUCUUGUUUCUUAACUUGGGUUUGUGCUGUUCUUUGAAUGAUGAAGGUAAUGCUCUUUUGAAGUUGAAGCAGAGAAUAGUGAGUGACCCUUUUGGUGCUUUGUCAAAUUGGAUUGAAGAUGAUCUUGCUGUUAACCCUUGUGAUUGGUUUGGAGUUGAGUGCUCAGAAGAUGGAAGAGUUGUGGUCUUGAAUUUGAAAGAUCUCUGUCUUGGAGGAACUUUGUCACCAGAGAUUGUGAACCUUAUUCACAUAAAGUCUAUCAUUUUGCGGAAUAACUCUUUCUCUGGAACCAUCCCUGAAGGAAUUGGAGAUUUGAAAGAAAUGGAGGUGUUGGAUUUGGGAUUCAACAACUUCAGUGGACACUUACCUGUUAAUCUUGGGAGUAAUAUCUCUCUAGCAAUCCUUUUACUGGACAAUAAUGAGCUUCUUGUUGGUUUCUCUCCUGAAAUCAAUGAACUGAAGAUGCUUUCUGAAUGUCAAGUAGAUGAAAACCAGCUAGUCAAUGCAGCUAAGAUGCCAGCUUGUACAGAAAGACCCAUCACAUGGCAUGUUGGUCAAAUUAAAGGUACUCGGAGCCUACUGGAAAAUCCUGAAGGACCUGCACCACCAUAUCGUGGUGUUCAUGAAGACCAUCUUAAUCACGCCACUAAUCCAUAUCCUGAUAGCCCUUCUCCUCCAGCAUUACCACCACUUCAUCGUGCUCAUGAAGACCGUCUUAAUCGCGCCACUAGUCCAUAUCUUGAUAGCUCUUCUCCUCCAGCAAUACCACCAGUUAUGAGGCCAGCUUCCCCUAGUCAUAAUGCUUUUGAUUCUCCUCAUCCCCUGUCUACAACAGGAUCUCGAGCACAAUCUAGAAGCAUCUCAUCAAAGAAGCAUAGAGUCCCUAUUUGGGCUGGAGUUCUCGGUGGUUCUGUGUUUAUUCUUAUUUCAAGCAUUGCUAUAUAUCUUUGUAAAAUCAUGAAGGUAGCUAAUGUCAGACCUUGGACUACCGGAUUAAGUGGACAGCUUCAGAAAGCAUUUGUGACCGGUGCACCGAAGCUAAAGAGAUCAGAACUUGAAGCAGCAUGUGAAGAAUUUAGUAAUGUGAUUGGAACUUCACCUAUUGGUUCGUUGUAUAAAGGAACUUUGUCUAGUGGCGUGGAAAUAGCUGUAGCUUCUGUUUUGGUGACAUCAUCCAAGAAUUGGUCAAGGACUUCAGAAGCACAAUUUAGGAUGAAGAUAGACACAUUAUCAAAAGUGAAUCACAAGAAUUUUGUCAAUCUUAUUGGAUAUUGUGAAGAAGAUGACCCUUUCACCAGAAUGUUGGUUUUUGAAUAUGCCCCAAAUGGAACAUUAUUUGAGCACUUACAUGGAAUUCCAGUAAAAGAAGCUGAGCGCUUGGAUUGGAGAACAAGACUCAGGAUUGCAACCGGUAUGGCUUAUUGCCUGCAACAUAUGCACCAGUUGGACCCUCCAAUAGCCCUUACCAACCUGAACUCUUCGGCUGUCUACCUUACUGAUGACUAUGCUGCCAAAAUAUCAGACUUCAGUUUCUCCAACGAAACAGCUUCUGUCGAGAAUAAAGCUGGGGGGAAAAAUCACAUUGACAUACCAUUAGAAACUCCAGCAAGUAAUGUUUAUACCUUUGGUGUUCUACUAUUUGAAAUGGUUACUGGUCGUCUCCCUUAUAAAGUGGGUAAUAGCUCAAGCGAAAACUGGGCAUCACACUAUUUACAAGGGGACAAGCCCUUCAAAGAAAUGGUGGAUCCAAAUCUAGCCUCUUAUCAAGAAGAUCAGCUGGAACAGGUUGCUGCAUUGAUUAAAUCUUGUGUCAAUCCUGAUUCAAAGCAGAGACCUACAAUGAAAGAAAUCUGUGAGAGAUUGAAGGAGAUAACAAAAAUAACACCUGAAUCAGCAGUGCCAAAACUUUCUCCACUUUGGUGGGCUGAGCUUGAGAUUUCUUCUACAGAAGGACCCUGAAAUCAGUAAACCAGAUUGUAGAUAACCAAGUAUGAGACUAUGAGAGUAGUUUUUUUAGUCACCCUUUUUCCUGCCCAGAAGACACAAAGUUCUCACUUUUUGCAUCUAUUGUAGGACUCUCUCAAAUCACAUGUAUAGAAGAGAGAGGACAUAAUGUGAAGUUUUUUCGGGUGGUUUGUUUAGUUGUAUGCACCUAGAAAAUAGUUUUUGUAUAUCGGUUGAUUUCAAGUCUGUUUCUGUGGUGAAUCAAGAUAUUCCUAA